CGGAUAGAUUCACUUCCUCAAAACAUUUCUGUUCUCAACAUGAUUUUUCUGCUCUUUUUUGGUGCAUCAUUUAUGGUGGCUGCCGCAGAAUUCCGGGCAAUUGCUUUCCGAAGUUGUGGCGGAGACGUGACGCAUGUUCGAGUGCAACCCUGCACCCAUGAGCCGUGCAGCAUCAAGCGCGGAGAAACUGUUCUCAUCGAGGUACCCUUCAGAGCAAAUCAAGAUUCGGAUAAAUUGGCAUCGAAAAUCAGUGCCCAACUUGGAGAUCUGGAGCUCCCUCUGCCCUCCCUGAAGAAGGACGGUUGCAGAGAGCAGGGCAUUCGAUGUCCCCUGGAAAAGAACGAAAAAUAUGUUUUUAGGUACCAGCUGGAAACCAAGCCAUUCUAUCCCAAGCUGAACACCACUGCCAAGCUGAGCCUAACCGGAGCCAAGGGAGUCGUCUUUUGCGUUACCUUCCCCGUGAAUUUGACUGACUAAGAUAAAAGAGAAGAAGAAAGAAAGCGUAUACCAUCACUUGGAGUUUGUGUUGUUUCAGCAUCGGUGAA